CUAAAUUCCGAAUGUGGUUUUCUUAUCUUUGGUUCAUCUUCGCUCGUGUUGUAGCUUGGCACGGUCGCCGCCAUAUUAUUUGUUUAUCGAAGCGCAUAGCAACAGUCGUCGUCUCCUAUUGGUGCACGUGACCUAAAAUGGCUUCACACACUGACGAUACGACUCCGCCGUAUCAAUAUCACUGCGCCACGGGGGAAAAAAGACCGACACGAAAACGCUAAUUACUAAAAAAUGACUGGAAACCCAAUAACUUACAGGGAUAAUUUCAUCAGUAGGAGACGGCAAAGGUGCAAUAUCGGAUUAAGUCCUCACGUGGGCUCCUGAGCAGAUACCGAUUAAUAUAUUUAAAAAAAACCAACUGAUGUUUCACGCCAUGGAGUAUUCCAGUCCAAAACGCAAGCGGCUGGCAAAAUGGAAAAGAAGUGACUGGGAUUUUGACGAACAGGCUAAAAAGUACCAAAACACGACCGAUUUUCAAAACCGAUAUUUGACCAAUAAGGACACAUGGGAGGAAGACAGCGGUCUCUCUGAGUGGAGUCCCCCGACGAGCGGCCGGAGCUCGCCGUGGCCGACAUCUUCUGCCUCUGCUACCCUAGUGGUGGCGCUGGACUGUGAGAUGGUGGGGACUGGACCGGCCGGGAGCUGCAGCGAGUUGGCCCGCUGCAGCAUUCUGGAUUACCACGGCAACGUCCUCUACGACCGUUACGUGCAACCGUGUCACCCCGUAACAGACUACAGGACUCGUUGGAGCGGCAUCUGGCCGCAUCACUUGCUCAACGCGACGACGUACGUGCAGGCUAGAAAUGAGAUUCUUACAAUUCUCAAAGGCAAGGUGGUAGUGGGACACUCGAUUUCCAAUGAUUUCCGUGCUCUGCGCAUCCCCCAUCCACAUCACAUGGUUCGAGACAUAGGGGCGACACACCUCCUGCGUCGCUUAGCCGGAUUUCCGCUCCACCGUCGCGUUUCGUUAAAAACGCUAGCGGGCAAGCUCCUCAACAGGCACAUCCAGGUGGGGCAAAUGGGCCACUGCUCGGUGGAGGACGCGUUGGCUGCGUUGGACCUUUACAAGCUGGUCGAAGGCGAGUGGGAGUGGGAGCUGCAGAGCCCGCUGAUGGUCGACAAGAGGCCCGACACGUUCCAACUUAUUUCCCGAGUGUUCAUAGUUCUGGGCUUGUUGUAUCUUUUUUGCUGCUGUCUUUACGUGUCUCCCGUUCAAAGGCGCAGGUGAAAUUCUAAUUAAAUUGUACCUCCGAUUUUUGUUUUUGAGUGCACACCGACUGGUGGGGUUUCAAAAAUGAUGGAAAUCUUUGUUGGUUACCUCUCCAGAGAAUUCAGUAAAAUUCAUCAGAAACAGAACAGAAAAAGGAAAGCAUUUUUUUUGUUUGACGUGUGUCAUGAAAUUAGGUCUACUUAUGUUACCUGAAAUGCAACAGAAAGGGGCCCGAUAUCAAUUGGAAGUGCCCUGAUAUCAACAGGAAAUGCCUCCGAUAGGCCCCCCAGUCAACAAGGGAGUGACCCCGAAAUGACCUCAAAAACAGGGAGUGACCUCAUAUCAAAUUAACUCUACCCUGAAAUACCACCAAAUCAGUAGGAAGUGACCCCAAAUCAACAGGAAAAUGACCUGAUAGCUAUAGGAAGUGACCCUGAAGUGCCCCAAUAUCACUGUGAGCUAACCCUAUAUCAACAGAAAGUGAACCCCAUAAAGCAGGGGUCCUCGAGAGCCCCUAUCCAGCUUGUUUUCCAUGUC